UAAUAAUAAUAAUAAUAAUAAUGUUUGAUGUUCAUUUGCUUAUAAUUACAAAGUCGUUUAUUAACAGGUAAUAUAUUUGUAAUAUAUUUGUUCGCUGCAUCGAUGCAUACUGCUCCUCUGAAAAUGCAUUGAUUGUUCCAGCACCUGUAAGUGUAUCUCAUUCCACAAAUGAUAUUAUAGGAACUUUAAAUGUUUAGCUAUUUUUAUUAGUGAAUUUUCUAAGUAAAACCACCUACUUGCUGUCACUUUAUGUUAACACCGUCUCUAGCAACUUUAACUAAUUUGAAUAAUAUCUAACAUCAACAGUAUAUCACUGUGUCACAUGACACACGCAUUUCGGUAGACCUGAUUGACAUAUUUUGGUAAUUACUGCUUUGUUGUUCCGUGCUCUCUGUUCUCGUUUUCAUUUCUCUAGUUGUAGAUAAUUAUCAUUUAUUCGAUCUGGCACACGAAAUGACCAUAAUUACUCCGUUCAUAAAUCAACAGGCUGUCCAUUUAAGAAAUAUUAAAAAUUCCAGGCUGAUGCAUUGGAUCGCUGUAAUAUAUAUAUACUACUUAAACAAUUACUGAACUAGUAUACUUAAAACUUUAUUCUAUCAGAUGUUUGUUCUGUACAUCUAAUGUUACUAUUUAUAUCAAAUUGAUCAUGCCUAUAAACUGGCAUGAAUUCCGUAAUUAUUAUUUUCAAAAUAUAUAAAUUCUUAUUAUUAUAUAUGAGAAUGAUAUGGUCAAAUCGUUUUUCACCCUUCUUAUAUAUUAAUUAGUUUAUCAUCAAUGUCAAGACAAACAUUCAAUGAAUUUUUAGCUGGUGCUAUUGGAGGAUUAGCUGGCUUAACGGUUGGUCAUCCAAUGGAUACUGUCAAAGUUGUUAUGCAAAGUUCGUCGAGAAAUUUAACAUUUAAAGAAGCGACUGAUUCGAUUCUUGAAACCGGACUAAGACGAUUUUUUACUGGGCUUGCGAUUCCGUUUUAUUCAUAUGGAUUUAUCAAUGCCGUGGUAUUUACUGCAUACAAAGAGUCACUAAGUAUAUUUGAUGCAACUGGUCAGUCCCCAUUUGCAAAUGCAAUGGCCGGUGCUGUAUCAGGAGCUGUACAAUUGAUACCAGCUGUUCCAGUUGAAGUUAUUAAAAUACGACAACAAUCCAUAGCAAGUCAUCCAGGUGAAAAACAACUGACUGCUAGAAAAUGUAUUCAUACCAUUUUACGUAUGCAAGGAUUUACUGGAUUUUACUCAGGGACAAUUAUUCAAGCAUUUCGUGAUAUUCCAGGACUGACUGCUUAUUUUUAUGCUUAUUCUGAAUCAAUAAAAAUAGGAAAACAUAUUGGUUUGUCAACAUUUUGGUCUGCUUUUAUUGGUGGUGCAAUAAGUGGAGCAUUAUCUUGGUGUGUUUCAAUGCCAUUUGACGUAAUAAAAACAAGACAACAAGUUGGUAAUGGAAUCACAAUUUCAAAUGUUCUAAAUACACUAUUAAAAGAAAAAAGCUACAAAAUAUUUUUCCGUGGAUUUAACGUUGUUAUCACUAGAGCAUUUGUAGUUAAUGCAUGUACAUUCGCUGUCUACGAAACAGUUUAUGAACAUCUUAAAAAAUAUUAGUGAUAUUGGAA